UUACGAAAAUACCCCUCUCCCUCUCUCUCGUCAUCAUGAUUAUCGGAUUGGACGAAAUAUCUGAGAGUUAAAGGAGAAGCAAGCACUAAACUUUUUUCCUUGCUUUCAUCCUUGUUUUCUUUUUGUGGGUUCGAUGCUUUUGAAAAUUUGCUUGCCGGAAUCUGUGUUUGUUUGAUGGGAAUUAUUUUCCGGGGAAUUUCCAUGCGAUGGCCAAAUUGUCGUUCAAGGAUUCCCUGAAAGCUCUCGAAGCCGAUAUCCAACACGCUAAUACACUCGCUUUAGAUCAUCCACGGGACAAGGAUGGGGCACGCGUUCAGAUGAGACUAUCGUAUAGUCCAGCUGCCCAGUUCUUCCUUUUUCUUGUCCAGUGGACCGACUGUCACCUCGCCGGUGCCCUCGGUCUUCUCAGAAUUCUUAUUUACAUGACCUAUGCAGAUGGGAAGACCACAAUGUCGGUUUAUGAAAGAAAAGCCAGUAUCAGAGAGUUCUACGCCGUGAUAUUUCCGUCGUUGUUACAACUACAGAUGGGUAUUACCGAUCUGGAAGACCGAAAGCAGAAAGAGGUUUGCAAUAUGAGGUACAGAAGGAAAGACGAGAUAGAAAGGGGUAGGCUCUCGGAGAUAGACAUCGAAAGAGAAGAGGAAUGCGGGAUUUGCAUGGAGAUGAACGGCAGCAUGGUCGUCCUCCCCAACUGCACUCAUUCUUUGUGCAUCAAUUGUUACCGCGACUGGAGAGGGCGGUCGAAGUCGUGCCCAUUCUGCCGGGACAGCCUAAAGAGGGUAAAUUCAGGAGAGCUAUGGAUGUUAAUGGAGAAAACAGACACAUCUGAACUCUCAGCAAUCACCAGAGAGAAUCAGAAACGGCUCUUCAUGUUCAUCGAGAAACUGCCUUUGGUCGUUCCAGAUCACGUCUUUGCUUCUUCUCCCUUUGACUGCCACGUCAGGUGAAGAAGAAGAAAAGAAGAAGAAACCACUUUCUUGUAUAUGUAUGUAAGUAAUAGACGCAGAGUCUGUGUUCAAACUUCAAUCCGUUUCAAAAGAUGCACGUGUUUUAUUGUUGCUUCCCGGUCUCUCUCUCUCUCUCUGCUGUUUGUAAAUAUACGUGAAUCUAAAUUACUACUAAUGUACGGUCGACCAGUGUUUGAUUU